GCAGCAGGAGUAGCGCUAGGUGCAAGCAACGAGGCGUUGGGCGUGGGCAAUAAGGCGACGGGUUCUAGAGGUGAUGGUGGUAGAAACAAUGUUACCCAGCAUCCACAGAGACGCAAGCAUCGUGGUAAAAUAGUCGUUGACGAUGACAGUUCCAAG